AUGGCCGAAAAGCAAGAACCCACAAAGUACGAGUCCUCCAAGCCCACGUUUCCCAUGCCUCCAAACCCUGGCGAAGUCGAUCAACGUCCCACAUGGCUCAAAUUUCUAGACAAUCCCCUUGGAGAAUCCAUUAAAGCUAUCAACAAAGUCGAAGACAAGGUAGCCAAGAAAAUGUCCAAAAAGAAUAAGAAGAAUGAUGCACAGAAUGACGAUGAAACUGUCGCGACAUCGAUGAGAGACGAAGACGAUGAUGAGAAGAAGCAGCCACUUUUAGAGGCAUCGCUGAGUUAA